CACCUCGGUUGGCCACAGAGCCCGAGCGCUGGCCGGAGUGUGAGGUUUCCGCGGCCGAGGGGAAGAUGGCGGCAGCCACGGUGCUGGCCGCGGGGCUCUGCGCGGCGCGCCGGGCGGUGGCGGUAGCGGGGCCGCGGGGGGCGCAGCCUCGCCGCGAGAGAAACGAACCGGCGAUGAACGACGCCCUGCACAGGCCCAGGCACCGAGGUGGACACAGGGUCCGAGGAGCUGCAGCUGUGACUGAUGGGAAUGAAGUGGCAAAGGCCCAGCAGGCAGCUCCUGGGGGGGCAGCCCCAACCAUCUUCUCCCGGAUCCUGGAUCGAAGCCUCCCAGCUGACAUUCUGUAUGAGGACCAGCAGUGUCUCGUAUUCCGUGAUGUGGCCCCUCAGGCUCCUGUGCACUUUCUGGUCAUUCCUAAGAAGCCCAUUCCUCGCAUUAGCCAAGCUGAAGAAGAAGACCAGCAGCUUCUAGGACACCUUCUCCUUGUGGCCAAGAAGAUGGCAAAGGCUGAGGGGCUGGGAGAUGGAUACCGACUUGUGAUCAACGAUGGGAAGCUGGGUGCACAAUCUGUGUAUCACCUGCACAUUCACGUACUUGGGGGCCGACAGCUCCAGUGGCCUCCAGGUUGAACCUACCAAAUGACCAAGGAUCUCAGACUUGGAUGCUUGGAUGGGGGUGGGGGAAAACGGCACCCUGUAAUGCUAAUAAACUUGCUCUCCCUCAA